CUCUCUCUCUCUCUCUCUCUCUCUCUCUCUCCGAGUACCAGACACCAAAUUAGUACAUGGUCAUGACUAAGGUUUACCCUAAUGCCAUUGUUCUCGAGACCAAGGAACCGCCGUCCGUCGCCGCCGAUACUCCGAUUGUCCUCACCGUUUGGAAGAAGUCUCUGCUCUUCAACUGUUAUGGAUUUACAGUCUUCGAUUCCAAUGGCAAUCUCGUAUUUCGAGUCGACAACUACACCGCCGGAGGCAAUGCUGAGAUCGUCCUUAUGGACGCAUCCGGUCGCUCUAUUUUCACCAUCCGCCGUAAGCGGCUAAGUCUAUUGGACAAUUGGGUAGUGUUCGACGGAGAAACGACGGCGAAUCCUCGGUUCACAGUGACGAAACACGUUAACUUCCUCGGCACGAAAUCCCUGGCGCACGUGAGUGUUCCUGCUCCAGGAUCGAGGACGAAGAAGGUGAUGUACGAGAUUGAAGGAUCGUAUUCGCAGAGGUGCUGCGGUGUUUAUGAUGAGAAGCGGCGGCGCGUGGCUGAGAUUAGGGCCAAGGAAGCUGUGGGAGGUGUGGGUUUUGGCGGAGAUGUAUUCCGUCUAAUUGUACAGCAGCCUGAGAUUGAUCCAACGGUUGCGAUGGCACUCGUCGUCGUACUGGAUCAGAUGUUCAUGUAGAAAGAGGAUUUAACACGUAAGUUUGAAUUCAUCCAGCAAGAUGGAUCCAAUUCCCCUAAUUGGUAGGAAUUAAAGUCAAACUUUUUUUUGAAAAUUAGGCUCGAUUGAGGGCUUGGUUUUUUCGUUUUAUAUAAAAGAUCAAGCUCUGAUGUGCAUAUCUCUGUAUCACCCAUCAU